CUUACCGUUCCUCUUCCUACCCUUCCCUUCUCAGCCUGUCUCUGAAGCCGUCAGCUUCAGCCAACUAUUCGAGCUCGUCCCCAUGGAACAGUCGGCAAAACCUCCAACCCCACAAGACAUACAAGGAUUUGUGUGACUUGCACACGACAGCCUUGACUCACGCUGUGACACCUGGACGGUCGUAACCUUGCCGAUCGAAUCCUCCCGAUGAUGGCCAGCCUACUGCGGCCGCGCAAAUCCCUUAGAGAUUUUGACGACAAAAUUCUCACCAAUUUGGCGAGCGCCAUGCAGAACAAAGCCACACCAUCAGAGACAUUCGUUGCGCGGGAAAGGCUUGCAGCUCUUUGGACCCAGGAACUUCUCAAGGACUUUAUCCGUCUCAAAAAGCCGGGGUUCCGCGACGACGACAUCGACGUUAUCCAGCGUGACUUCCUGCAGAUAAUCUCGAUCCUUUGUUAUAUCGGGUGGCCAGAAUGGACACAGUUCGGAAGGAUAUUUUUUGGACACUAUGGCAUUGAUGGGGAGAGAGACCGUACAGAUGCAAGCAUCGGCAAGUUCAGACUGGAGGAUUUGGAGAACAACGCCUUUUUGGGCAGCCCGUGGGCACACAAAUUCCUCUCAGACCAAUACAUCUUUCCCCAAUCAUCUUGAGAGAGGGAGAGAGUCUGGAGUUUGGCCGAGAAUGGAGACUGCCUUUCAUCAACGAGGAGUCCAAGAAAAUUCUCCAGGGCGGAUAUGGGAGUGUCACCGAGGAAAUCAUUCCAGGAGGCUACUAUCAACGGUCGCAUGGCCUCCCAUCAUAUGUAUGCGUUUCUUUCGUUAGGACAUUCCAUGCGGAGGCGCUGACUUGUGUAGAAACAAGUCCGUAUUGCCCGAAAACGCUUUGCUAUCGGCCAGUAUUUCCGUUUCGAAGUCAAGAAUCUGAAGCACCUUCGCUCGGCCCUCGCACAUC